AUGCCAAGCUUAGUGCGGACGCCUGAUCGCCAUAACUCAGCGCACAACAGAACCCCCGAUCUCAAACCGGCCUCCCGACCUUGCCUCCAAGUAACUGGAUUACAGGAGGACGCCACCACUCCCAGCGAUGAAACCGUCUCAUUUAACAGUAGGCAGAAAAAAAAACCUGCAAAAAAAGUAAUAGGGCGGAGUUCGAUUAUUUUGAACGGAGAGUCGCACGCGAACUAUUCACGGGCGCGAUCCCACUACGGCUUGACACGGGGACUUUUGUCUGCUGCGUUUCCGCCCUCGACCGGGCCGGCCCUCAUUAGUCAACCUGAUCAGCUGAAGCUCCUCCAGCUAACCAUAUUGAUGCCAAGCUUAGUGCGGACGCCUGAUCGCCAUAACUCAGCGCACAACAGAACCCCUGAUCUCAAACCGGCCUCCCGACCUUGCCUCCAAGUAACUGGAUUACAGGAGGACGCCACCACUCCCAGCGAUGAAACCGUCUCAUUUAACAGUAGGCAGAAAAAAAAACCUGCAAAAAAAGUAAUAGGGCGGAGUUCGAUUAUUUUGAACGGAGAGUCGCACGCGAACUAUUCACGGGCGCGAUCCCACUACGGCUUGACACGGGGACUUUUGUCUGCUGCGUUUCCGCCCUCGACCGGGCCGGCCCUCAUUAGUCAACCUGAUCAGCUGAAGCUCCUCCAGCUAACCAUAUUGAUGCCAAGCUUAGUGCGGACGCCUGAUCGCCAUAACUCAGCGCACAACAGAACCCCCGAUCUCAAACCGGCCACCCGACCUUGCCUCCAAGUAACUGGAUUACAGGAGGACGCCACCACUCCCAGCGAUGAAACCGUCUCAUUUAAGUAA